AUUUCAUUGCUAAGCAUUCAAUCAAUAUGUGGGAAAUUAACAAACCCUGUUUGUCAUAAAUGUUUCAAAGGUUUACAUAUUCAAGCAAUGAUAUUUUCUCAAGGGACCAGAACAUUGUAAAAGUUCAAUAAACUUGUGCUAUCGGGAGUAGAAUGAUAACAAUGUGCAGGGAAUAAUUCACAUAAUUUACUUAUUUCCAAGGGAUCGUAUAAUUCAGUCAUAUACAUCUGUUAAAUAUUAAAUGUGUUGGACGAUAUAUAUUAAUGAAAACACUAUGCAUAUAAUUAAUGAUUUCGUUCAUUGGAAAUAAUUAAGCAGUGCCAAACACAGUAGUUGAAGAAUAGAUUUGGAUAUAUAUGUUAUGGCCUGGCAGUGAAUGUGUUGUUACAACAAUGACAGAAGACAACUGGCAGAACUGUGGGUUUCAGAUUUACAGAUCCCUAAAGAGAAAAGAUGGAACAGAAAGUGGAAAACCGCCUCUACUGCGAUCUACGAGUUUCACUGCAGAUACGAUACGUAAAGCGUCUGUUCAGUGGUACAAGAUGAAGUGGCAGUUUACCGGAAGUGCCAAUGACCUGUGGGGUGAAGAAGUACAGGGGUAUGCUGUCAUUGAUGCAAAUUCUCCGCUUGCAGGACCUGUGGAUUUUUUCAGAUCGGGAAGAGUGAAUCAGAUACGAGUGAGAUUUUUCAAUUUGUCACGGGGAGAUGACGCCUCUGACGACUUCCGGUGUGCAUUUCUUAAGUUUGGCGAAACUGAGAACGAAGGGCCGUUGGAUCUAUCUUUCUCUACCGGGAGAGUAUCAUGUUUUCACAAUACAGCAACCCUACAAGAGUUCCUUACAGCUUUAGAUGGGGACGAAGAUUGUACCAGGGACUGGGCUUUACGGAUGCCAAACAAUUAUUAUGCAUUGGCCGACGGAAUCCGAAGGUACCCAAAAUGUAGGACUGCCCUUGAUUACCAUAACUACGCAACGUUCUCCGUUAAAACAGGUAACGGCAAUAAAUUGGUCAGAUUUCGUCUCCAUGGGAACAACGAUGUUGACAGUCGUUUGUCCAAACAAGAACAAGAAGAAGCUUGGAUUAUACAAAGACCAGACAUGGAACUUCCCUCAGAUACCUAUUUACAGCAGAAACUGAGAAACAUUGCACAAGAAAACCUUACCAUGAAAUUGCAAGUCCAGAUUCGGGACAUCACAGACGUUAAGUCAGUUUUUGAUCCAACAACGGAGUGGGAGGAGAACGAUUUCCCGUGGUGUGAUCUGGCCGAUCUUUGCCUUUCGUAUUCAGUACCAAAACUUUCAACUGAAAGAGCCAAGUAUAACUUCUGCAGUUUGCCCGAACAUAUCCAAAUGGUUGUACCGGAAGGGACAGAGGACUACGGUAGUCUGAUUCAAAUACAAGAGAAAGUUCUUACCUCAACGACAAGAAAGAAACACCAAGAGGGGUUAACACCGGCAGGUCAUAAAGAGACAACGUUCCUAGUUCAUGUUGAAACCGGGAACCAUUUGUUUUCAGGAACAGAUGCUGGUGUCUAUAUUGCUCUGUAUGGUACUAAAGGGAGAACAAAGAAGAUAUUGUUAGAUAAACUGUUUCAUAAUGACUUUGAGAGAGGCAGUAAAGAAUCGUAUUACAUCACAGUCCCUGUAAUUGGUGACGUCAAAUUUCUGCAAGUGUUUUUGAUUGGUGGAAAAUAUACAUUUAAACGAGAAUGGUUCCUAAACUACAUAGUCCUGAUGGAUCUAACGACGCGCAAACUGUUUGAGGUACCAGUUUAUAGAUGGAUAAGCGACAAGAUCACUAUACCAACUGGAGAAGCUAUGUUGUAUCAGAAGGAAAGAAACACCGACAGAAAAUAUCUCCGCCGAAUAUGGCUAGAUGAGCGGGAUAAACUGUACCCGUGGGCACGUAAAGAAGGCUUACCCGGAUGUAUAGCCAGUGAGACGUACAAUGGGCUUCCGGAUGAGCUGAAAUAUUCCACAGAGAGGCAGAUAGAAAAGAAGAAAAUCCUUGCUGACGUUCUUAUCAAAUUAAAACUCCACAAAUACACUACCGUCUUUCAAUCCUUCGAUUCAUUCGACGAUUUCAAAACUAUGUCCGAGGUGGUUCCUAGCUCUGAAACGUCUGCAGCUAUCAAAGAAGACGAUAGGUGGCGCACUGAUGAAGAGUUUGGGCGGGAAUUUCUCGCUGGUGUAAAUCCGGUCAUGAUAAGGCGAUACAAGGAACCAAUACAGAAAUUCCCAGUUACCAACGAUAUGGUUGGAAAUUUGCUCGAUAGAGGCUUAUCUUUGGACCAAGAAAUAAAGGCUGGUCACAUUUAUUAUGUGGACUAUCCACAUAUGGCUGGACUUCCUAGAAACGGCGAGUUCUUUGUGUCCGAUCCAAUUGUUAUGUUCUAUGUGCGUGAUUCCGGACAACUGGUACCCAUUGCAAUACAGUUAAGCCAGGAACCAGGACCAAAGAGUCCCAUUUGGACUCCGAAUGAUUCCGAAAUGGAUUGGUUGCUGGCAAAAAUGUUCGUGAAAGCGGCAGAUUCCCACUAUCAAAGCAUUUACUCACAUUUAGUGCAGACACACUUUUUAAUGGAAGCAGUAACGGUGACACUGCAUCGUCAGCUACCGCCAAAUCAUCCGGUCUAUAAACUGCUUAUUCAGCAUUGUACAUUCACUGUGGCGGCAGGACAAAUGGGUCGUGACCUUUUGUUGAAUGGUGAAGAUUCUGUUUUCAAGAAAAUUUUAGCAAUUCCAGGACAUGAAAUUGAUCUGAUGAAAAACAGAUUUAAAGAUUUUACUGUGAACGAACUUAUCAUGCCAAAGGCAAUGGCAGACCGAGGCGUCGACGAUGCAAAGUUGUUGCCAAAUUACCACUUCAGGGACGAUGCAAUGCUCAUCUGGAACACAUUAUCAGAAUAUGUGUCAAAGAUCAUGGCACUGUUUUACAAAAGUGACACGGACGUAGCAGACGACUCUGAAAUGCAAGCGUUUCUUGCUGAUCUGCGUGAAGAAGGUCUUAGAAAAUCUGCGGGGCCACCAAACGGCCUCCCAAAAAAGAUUACGUCACUUCCGGAGUUAGUGGAGAUCAUCACUAUGAUAAUUUUCCAUUCGAGUUGUUACCAUGCAGCUCUCAAUUUUACACAGAUCGAUUACUUUAGUUUUGGUCCAAACUAUCCAAGCUCAAUGAGACGAGCGCCACCUAGUAAGAAAGGUGAAACAACUAUGCAAGAUGUGAUAGACAGUCUACCCAACAAGUCUACCCAAGCUGUGUCCAUUGCAUUCGCGAGUUACCUCAGUGAACCAUUAAGCGAUGAGGUUUACCUUGGCGAAUAUCAAGACAGCCAUUUUACGGAAACGGAAGUGCGUGAAAUUUUAGAUUGGUUUUCAGACGAGAUGGAGAAGAUUUCACAAUCUAUCCAUAAGAGAAACAUUGACCUCGACAUUCCGUAUGUGUAUUUGCUGCCGGAGCGUGUACCAAAGGCAGCUGGACAAUGAGAAUUUAGCGGAAUAUUAUACAACAAUAACAACAAUUACUGAUAAUAAGGGUCAGAUACAUUGUACAUGAAAACAUCUAGGUCUAGGACAUGGAAUAAUAUCUAGAUCAUGUUGAUUUAAACUUAGCUGUACCUACGUUACGUGCUUUUGUUGGAAUAUAGAGAGCUGCCAAGAAACAGAUCAAAAAUGAAACUUCAUCAUAAAAAAAUGUUGCACAGGGCAGAUAUCAUCACAAAAACAAACUUGGUGGUUUAAGUAUUUUCUCCGAGUCUAGUUCUUUGUCACUGCAGCAGACUGUAAAAUGUGUUCAGAAUUGUUCAGAUAAGACUUUUAUCAUUGUCAAAAUGUCCACGUACCUACUAUUGACGCCAGAACAUAUUUGCUGGAAGAAAUAAAUUUUUCUUUUCAGAUAAUUCCAAAAUUGUAAAGAUAUAAAUUUAAUUACUUUAGCAAAAUAUUGUACAAUUUGAACUGUGUUCAUCAUCAUGUACAUUAACUUCACACUAUAGACGGUUCACAUUUUCUGACAUCACUUUUUGUAUAUUCUGUCAGAGAUUUAUUUUGAAAUUUUGUAAUUACACCCCUUUAAUGUGAAAAUAUUUUAAAUCCUUCUUUUGAUUUAAACAUAAUUUCUACUUUUUCACUUUAUAGAUACUAGGAUAUUUGAACAUUGUGAACCAAAACUGUUUGUAGCAUCCAAAAUCAUUUCUUUCCAACAUUAUCUUGAUUGUGCAUGCAGGAUGGUCAAAGGGAGGUAACUAAAAUUCUACAAACUUGCAUUAUGUAUUUCUACUACAGAUAUAAUUGUCAAUGCUAAAAUUUGACUAAUGAUGAUUAAAUCUACACUUAUGCUAAAAUGAUUCUAUCUAUCUUGGGCAACCAGGAUAGGAAAAUCAAAUUAAAAAAAUACUGCCAUUUAAACUUUUACCAUGUAUUGAGCAUUCAAAUUAUAAAUAUUAAAGUGUAAAUGAUCAGUCACAUACCUUUCACUUGACUGAAAUGUGAUUAACCACCUUUAACGAAGACCUUUCUGUCCAAGAACUUAAUACGCUAAAGGGCUCUAGUCUAGCGUAUCAGGGGACAGGUUACCAGACUUUAUUUUUUGGACUCGACAUGGCCAUAUAACUGUUUUACUUAUCAUUUUGGAUGUAGUUUUGACAUUUUGGUAUAAAAUUGUGACCAUGUAUUCAGUGAUGUAGAACUUAGUGCCAGUACAGGUUGUUAUAAUGGACCACAACAAUGGCAUUUACAUGCAAUUUUAUAGGCAUUUCUCUUGAAAUAAACAUAACCCUUCUUUUCAUUUUUUGUUAGUUUAAGUGAGUGAGUGAGUUGGGUUUUACGGUGAAUCGACACAACAUGGUCAUAUAUCGCCGAGAAGUUCUUUAAAAUAAGUCUUAAAAGGGCAUAACUAUAUUCAACAACACUGAACAUUAGAAAUUUUAUUUAAGAAUAAGGAAAAGAAUUUUGUGUUUUUACACCUAUAAAAGACAGGCCAGCCCCUAACAGAUGUGCAGAUAUGAAUCUGGGGGCAUAAAUUGUGGGGUUAGGAUUCAUGCCCCACAAGGAAAAAAUCUUUAUCUGCAGAGCAUCUAAGGUAUAUUUUCACUUAUGAUUGGAGAUACAGUCUCAUCAGUUUUGAAAUUAUUAUGAUUUAUCAAAUAAAUCAUGUUUGUGAAAAUUAUAUGCAUGCCUUGAGGGCAAAUCAUUUGUGCUAAUGCUGUUUAUAUAGGCCUGACUUCCUGAAUAUAGUAAAUACUAUAUCAUUUUGUUUUCAUUUAUACCUUGAACUGUUGUUAUCAAAGACUAUUAUACAAAGCUCUUUGUACUUACUGUUCAAGCUUAUGUUUUAAAUGGAAAAGUUUAACUUAUUCUGCACAUAAUUUUAGUUUAUUUCUUUCUUUAUUAGGUAGGGCACAAUUCUACUUAAAA